AUGGAUCCCCAGCCAAGCGAGAUGGAGGCGCAGGAUAACUCCUGCCGGCGAGCCGACGCCACUCCCAAGCCGGAGUCUACCACCGACUCAACCAUUGUGAGCUCUGAAAAGGCCACGUCUAAGAAACAGGCUGAGUCCGACUCUAAGAUGGUCGAUCGCAAAGACGAUGGCAAGGAGACGAUAAAACAUAACCACCGCACAAAGAAGAACAGCAAGACGCAGAAGAAAGCCAAGAAGGCGAAGAAGACCAAGGUUGUCGAAACCGACUCCGAUUCUGACUCGGAUUCCGAUGCUUCGGCAUUUUCCGACGAUAGCGACGAUGAUAGCGAUGCAUCAGACUCUGACUCCGAUGAAGAGGUGACGAGAAAGAAGUCGAAGCGGGCGGCCAAGAAGGGGUCUGGCAGGCACAAGGAUAAAAAGGCUGCUAAAUCUAAGAAGAAGAAGAAGAGAAGGAAGUCGAAGAAGGCUCAGGCCUCGGAUUCCGACUCCGACUCCGACUCUGACUCCGACGCUGCGAGCGACAGGGAGGAGGACGAUGACAACAGUGCCGAGACUGACGAGAGCAACGAGACUGAUGAGACGGAAGAGACGAAUGGCUCCGAGUUGGAUAACAGCCGACAGAACCAGCAAGAUCUCCGUCUCCAACAACAACAGCUCCAACAACAGCAGCUUCAGCUCCAGCAGCAGCUCCAGCAACUGCAGCUGCAGCGGUUCAACCAGCCUGCCCUCUAUCCUCUGCAGCUAGGUUUGUUUGACAUGGGCCACGGAAUCAACAACCCUUUCCCCAACCAACCCCAGUUGCAUAAUCAGCCAACCCCUGGGCAACUGGGCGGUAUCCCUCCCUUCCGCGGCAACGGACGUCCCGGCGGCAGACUUCCUCUCCCCCACGAAGACGGGAGGAGGAGGAGAGAGAGUGGAAAGAAGAACUCGGGCAAAUCUUCCAAGAAUGGCCGCAUGGAUUACAAGCGCGUGGAUCAAGUGUGGGACAGCUCGAUUCACAACUACAAGCUCCAGGACACUGCCGAGACGACCGUGGAUCCGAAGUACAAGGGCUAUCUCUUCCACGUCCGGCGUACGUUUGACUGGGAGGGCAAGUAUAAGUCGACCUAUGUUGAUAUCAAGAGCAAGGUCCUCCGCGACUGCCUGCAGGAUGUCAUGGGUCACAUCAAGGGCGUGAGCUUGGUUGAAGAAACCCCCAAGCUUGACCCCAAUAUCCUGUUCCUGUAUCUUGAAGACAUGCGGGCGCACGUGAAGAAGCUGAAGAAGGCGAAGCCAUCGGGAUCGACCAAGAAGGAACGCAAGAGGGAUCAGAAGCGAAACGAGACAAGGCGUCGUCAACUCAGGACUUUGGUUAAGUACCUCGAUCAUGAUUAUGCGGAAGUUAAGAAGAGUCUCUAUCCAAUGCUCGAGAACGGCCUCAUCACCUUCGACUUGAUUUGGGCUCUAUGGAAGCCUGGCACUCUAGUUUACACUGCGACAUACGGAUGCCACGAUGAGCCUAGGGUCUUCAAGGUCGAUAUGGCGGAGAAGCAUUACUCGAUGGCCCGGGGUGACUUUUACUGGGUCGAAGGAAAGUAUUUCGAGUACGACGGUAAGAAGUUCGGCCAUGGAAGCAUGUCCGUCGAUAUCCCCGACUUUCAGGGCGCCCGAAAGAUCACCGCUCUUCCUUGCUACCCUCUGAGCUACCAUAAGAACGAGACAGAGCUCCGCAAGACCCUCGUUGAGCGGGGCAAGAAGUUCGUACAACUCAGUGGUGUCCAUUACAAGAACCACCAAGGCAUGGCGUACUUCAAGAAGAAGAAGGCGGUAGUAAAGGUGAACAUCAACGGACGCGUCAUGGUUGACCCGGCCAUCCACCGGCGAAUUAACCCCAACUACCCCAUCUCGAUCGUCCGCCCGAGGGACCACGAUCUCUCCGACGAUGACGAGGAUUCCGACGAUGAGAAUGGUAGCUGCUGUUGCGGUGGUGGAUCGGAGAGCGAAAGUGACACCGGCUCCAUCAGCGAAAGCUCGACGUCGCAGCAGGAAGGACGGAGGUCCAAGUAUGUGACCAAGUUCAUCGAGGAUAAAGACGGGAAUGUUCGCGCCGUCCGGGUUCGCAGGGGCGAUUCCGAUGAUGAGAGGGCGGAGAACCUUGAUACUGUGCAGAGCAAGGAUAAAGAAUCCAGCAAGGGCAACGACGCCAAGGAUGACGUCGAGGAUGCCAAGGAGGAGAAGCCGGCGACUCCGGAGUUUUCGGACGAGGAGUACUUGAUUGCGUCGCCCGUCGUGCUGGGUUUCGCCUUUUCGGAGAAGCUCUGGCUCGAGUUCACGGUUUCCGGCAUCAAGGAGAUUCAGUGGAAUGAUAGCGCCUACGACUCGCUUGUUCUUGAGCCGAAGACGAAGGACAUUGUCAGGGCUCUGGUCGAGUCACACAAGUACCAUGCUGCGGAGAGCAUCGACGAUGUGAUUCAGGGCAAGGGCAAGGGUCUUGUUGCCGUCCUUCACGGACCUCCUGGCACUGGCAAGACAUUGACCGCCGAGGGUAUCAGCGAGCUGCUCAAAUGCCCUCUGUACAUGGCCUCUGCCGGAGAGCUUGGAACGGAUUCGAGAUACUUGGAAUCAGAGCUCCAGAAGAUCCUCGACAUCUGCCAUGCCUGGGGCGCCAUCCUCCUCCUUGAUGAGGCUGAUGUGUUCCUCGAGAAGCGCAACAUGCAUGACAUCCACCGCAAUGCUCUUGUCAGCAUUUUCCUGCGGCAGCUGGAAUACUUCCAGGGUAUUCUGUUCCUGACCACGAACCGUGUCGAGACCUUUGACGACGCCUUCCAAUCACGUAUCCACAUCGCCCUACGCUACGACUCGCUCGACCAGAAGGCCAAGAAGAAGAUCUUCAAGAUCUUCAUCGAGCGUGUCAGGGUCCUCGAAAAGAUUGACCUCAUGCCCUUCUCCGAGGAGGACUACACGGAUCUUGCCAAGCACGACCUCAACGGUCGGCAGAUCAAGAACACCGUCCGCACGGCGCAGGCCUUGGCGGUCAAUCGCGGCGAGCCCCUCAGCAUGAAGCACAUCCGCCAGGUGCUCGACGUGCUGAAGAGCUUCGACCGGGACUUGAAGGGGGGAACCGGAUACCAGGAAGCCAUGAGGAGCUACUUCUAA